ACCCCCGGGACAAAGAACGACCAGCAACUGGACCUUGAAGAACAGAGGCUCGAGUCUCACACCGAUACAUAUACUUAAACUGAAGCGCAAAUUGAUCGCCUUUUUUUGAAAUUCAAGGAAUUAUUCGUAAAACAGAAAGAAUGAAGUCCCAGAUGAUCUCCCUCGCGACCUCCACCUGCUCUCACCUCCUCCGGUCCCAAAGCAGGCUCCCCGGAAGGGCGCUCUCUCGCCCCAUCACCACCAAGUCGAAGACGAGAGGUCCCGCCUCAGCCUUGGUACAGAGGUUAGUCAAAAUCCUCGACCUUGAGACGGAGGGCCACGUGAUCGAGUCUCAGUUCCCGGAUGUCCCUCUGCCGCAGUCGCCGCUGACGCCCAUCGUGUUCGAGGAAGCCAGCAAAUGGGGACACAAGACAGCCACCGAGUGCGGCUACACCGGCAGGAGCUACACGUACUCGCAGCUCGUGGACGGGAUCAUGCGGUGGGGCGGGAUGCUGCAGCGGAUGGCCACCGACCUGGCCAACCCAGGGACCGUGGCCAUCCUCGCGCCCAACUGCCCCGAAUACCCCAUCGUGUUCUUCGGUUCCAUCGGCGUCGGAGCCACUGUCACGACCGUCAACGCCGCCUACACGCCAGAGGAGAUCGCGCGCCACCUGGACGACAGCGGCGCGAACCUGCUGGUGGUCGAGGGCGUGAUGGAGCCUCUCGCCGAGGCUGCCCUCAAGGUCCUUAAGCGGGAGAUCCCUGUGGUGGUGAACGGCCCCUCAGCCAACGCCCGGCCCAACCUGAGGGAGAUUAUCGCCGACAGCAACACGCCCUUCGCUGAUUUCGUUGACGUGCCCUUAGACCGCGUGGCAGCUCUCCCUUACUCCAGCGGCACGACUGGGAAACCGAAGGGCGUGUCCCUCACCCACGCGGCCAUCGCCAACAACAUCGCCAUGUACCACAACCCGCAAACGAUCAACGCCGAGAAAGCGGAAGGUGAGGGAGAGAGAUUUGGGUUCUGUUCUUUAUUUAACCUAUUGCUUGGGUUAAGGUUUGUCUUUAAAUUGAACAUCCCUUCGCUUGUCAGAUCUGUGUAAUAUUAGUAAAGGGUUUUAGUUCUGCCAACUGCGUGCGUUACAUCAUGGAUUUUAC